UAAAGGCGCAUUAAAAGAGCGGCUCAAGUGCAGAACCCGAGCAGAGCAGCAGCAGCAGCACAACUACAACUACAACAACACAACAACAUAACAACAUCAUCAUCUCUAAAAGACAGAAAUAAACACAGGAACGCGCACGUCAGGGUUCUCAGCCAGCUGUGCGUCCAGACAGAAGACACGACGCUGCUCUCAUAUGCAGUCCGACUGGAUAUUUAUGAAGCUUUCAAGGCCUUUUGAUUGAUCGGUCGCUCCAUGGGGAUUCUCCGGUGCUUUCCGUCUGGUUUCUCCUGCCCUUCACCCCUCGGCCUGCCCUCCACCCUCUACAGCACCUCCUCCAUACAAAUCAUGAAACUGGUAUUAACUGAAUGGCAAUUGAUAUGGAUUUUUACUGUUUCCAGUAGACAGUAAACACACUUACACCACACACACAAUUACAUGCACAUACACCCACACUCACACACACACUCUCUCACACACACACACACACACACACACACACACACAUACACCCACUCACACACAUCACAUCACAUCAGCGGGAGUGACCUCAUGGUAGAGUCAUAUCCUCCUCAACUGUCCGAACCAAAUCCCCCGACACGGCCCGUCCCAGAGCUCCUGCAAGCGGCCUUCAUCAAACGGCACGUUUCGGGAUGUUUUGCGCUCCUUGAGUCCGAUCCACGGCAGAUUUUCUCCACAGAAGGACGUCCACGGGAAGCAGUGUGCUGCUGUUGGCUUUAUUCUUCCUAAAUUUUUAGUUUUGCAUUAUUUUGUGUUAUUUGCGUGUGAUUUUUGCGUGGAGCCACACGUGACCUCUGCUCCGAGUGCAUGCCGGCGACGAUGGCCCCACAGAACACCGAGGCCGACGCUGUGCAGAUGCAGGCCUCCGUGGUGACACCUGUGGAGAAACGGGCCGAAGGAGGUGGAGCUAAUGGAGCAGGCGGGGCUGGAGGGCGGGAUUUGGAGAGUCAGGAGGAGUCGGUCAGCGAGGGAUCUAUAGACCGCAUCCCGCUGCGUCAGUGGAUCAUGCAUGGCGCCGUCAUGUUUGGACGAGAGUUCUGCUACGCCAUGGAGACAGCGCUGGUCACACCUGUACUGCUGCAGAUAGGUCUUCCAGAGCAAUACUACAGCCUGACGUGGUUCCUGAGCCCCAUCCUGGGUCUGAUCUUCACGCCUCUGAUCGGCUCGGCCAGUGACCGCUGUACGCUGCGCUGGGGCCGCAGACGGCCCUUCAUCCUGGCACUGUGUGUGGGAGUCCUGCUGGGCGUCGCGCUCUUCCUCAACGGCUCGCUGAUAGGCCUUGCUGUAGGAGACGUGCCAAAUAACCAGCCGAUAGGAAUCGUGAUGACUGUUUUGGGGGUGGUGGUGCUGGAUUUCUGUGCGGAUGCGACGGAGGGUCCCAUACGAGCGUAUCUGCUGGACGUGGCUGACACUGAGGAACAGGAUAUGGCCCUCAACAUCCACGCCUUCUCUGCAGGGCUCGGAGGGGCGGUUGGUUACGCCCUCGGUGGUCUUGACUGGACGCACACCUUCUUGGGUCGAACCUUCAAGUCUCAAGAGCAAAUUCUGUUCAUGUUCGCCGCGGUUCUGUUCACUGUUUCCGUGGCUCUGCACCUGUUCAGUAUCGAGGAGCAGCAGUUCAGCCCUCAACAGGACCGUCUGGAUGAAGAGGCAGAAACCGAAUCCAGUGUUAAAAUCGCAGCGCACCAACCCCAGCUCGAAAUGAUCCACGAAGACGAGCCCUACGAGCAUUAUGACCUCUAUGCAGACCGGCGUUCGGAGCGAGAUCUGAACAUGGACUUUUUAGACGUGGACAUCGUUCGAAGUAAAAGCGACUCCGUUUUGGAGAUGGCCGACGCUACGCUUGACCACCACGACAUGCUGUUUCUGCGUGAAAUCGAGCCGUCUAUCUUCCAAGAUCGCAUUUCUUCCUAUCACGGGUCGCCGCCGCGGCGCAGCAGCAGUGUGGAGAGUCAAGAGUUCCUGCGUGGAAAAUUCUGCCGACUAUCUGCGUUUCUGCAGCAGGCCGAACUUGACGGAGAAGAAGCUCUGCUAAAUGGUCAGCUCAACCAAUCCAAAGCACCCAACGGAGAAACGACAGACCUCAACGGCCACGGGCCGCCCGGUAUCAAACCCUCCAGCACCAACGCAUCCAUACGCCGCAGACGCCACACCUUCUACCGACAGUCAUCCUGCACCUUCUCCUACUACGGCCGGGUCGGAUCCCACCGCUACCGUUACCGGCGCGCCAACGCCGCAUUCCUCAUCAAAUCGUCCCGCAGCAUGAAUGACAUCUACGAGAUGGAGAAGCGGCAGAAGCAGAGAAACGGACAGAGAACAAGGCACCAGAGCGGGAACACCAACUCCACCGGAGACACGGAGAGCGAGGAGGGCGAGACCGAGACCACCGUCCGUCUGCUCUGGAUGUCCAUGCUGAAGAUGCCCAAAGAGCUGUUCAGACUGUGCGUGUGUCACCUGGUCACGUGGUUCUCCAUCAUCGCAGAGGCCGUGUUUUACACCGACUUCAUGGGGCAGGUCAUCUACGAGGGCGACCCAACGGCCCCGCUGAACUCCACCGCCCUUCAUAACUACCACAGAGGGGUUCAGAUGGGCUGCUGGGGGCUGGUGAUUUACGCCGCCACCGCCGCCAUCUGUUCAGCUGUACUGCAGAAGUACCUGGAUAACUUUGACCUGAGCAUAAAGGUCAUCUACAUCCUGGGCACUCUGAGCUUCGCCAUCGGUACGGCUGUCAUGGCGAUCUUCCCCAACGUCUACGUCUCCAUGGUGAUGAUCAGCAGCAUGGGCAUCAUCUCCAUGAGCAUCUCGUAUUGUCCGUACGCUCUGCUGGGCCAGUAUCAUGAUAAUAAAGAGUACGUCCAGCACAGCCCUGGGAACUCCAAGCGAGGUUUCGGCAUCGACUGCGCCAUCCUGUCGUGUCAGGUGUACAUCUCUCAGAUCCUGGUGGCGUCUGCGCUGGGCGCGGUGGUGGACGCAGUGGGCAGCGUGCGUGUCAUUCCCAUGGUGGCCUCUGGCGGGUCCUUCCUGGGCUUCCUGUCCGCCUGCUUCCUCGUCAUCUACCCGGGGUCCGGCAGAGAGGCCGAGCAGACGCGGGCGCUGGCGUCCUCCAAUAACAACGGCGUGACCGAGAAGCCCAGCUUCCUCAAGCUCACACGCAAAGGCGCCGCCACCACCACCUGCAAAGUGGAGUGUGAAUCCACACUGUGAAAGCGAUCAGACCACAGCUAACAUCUAAUGCCGAGUUCACACUGCACGAUUUUAGCCCCGAUUUUUCACUCUUCGACAAGUUUUGCGAAAUCACUGACAAAUGCAUGAAAUCGGAGGCUAAUAGGUGCUUGUUCACGUGAGUGACCAUUAUCAAAGAUGCAAUCAGAGGAUCGCCAAGCUCGUGAAAUAUUUAACAUGCUACACUAGGGCUGCACGAUUAAUCGAAUGCGAUAGUCAUGUGCAUCUCGUCAGUUCUGUAAUUAGUAGUAAAUCUUCAUCACAUGCUUUCAGAUGAGCAACAUUUACUACACACAUUUACUUCACGACAAGCUAUGCUAGUGAUGGGAGAAAUUAACCUUUUCGAAGCUUCGAAUCAAUUGAACCAAUUGCUUCGCAAAAUGAUUCACUGUUUCGAAGCGCUUGAAACACCACAUGCUGGUGACGCCUGCUGGUCAAAAGUGUGUAAAAGCAAUAAAAACUCAGGCUAAAAUAUGCAUAAAAACAGCUUUUAAAAACAUGUCGCAAAUGGUUUAUUGGAAGUAUAAUACAUAAAAUGCAGCAAAAAUAAUAAGAUACCAUUAAAUAUGAAGUGUCUGUUUAAUAUGUGGUUUUUAAAAUAUUUUAUAGUAAUUUGCAGGGCUUGCUUUGUUUGUUUUAUGGACAGCUUCUGUACAGAGGCCAGUAAGGGACUAUUAACUACUUCUCAUCUUUUAAUUACACAAAUGUCUCGUUAAAAAUGUCUACAAAUUGAUGAAACUGAUCUGAGAUCAGGUAUAACCAGAUGCUGGUUCAAUGGUUCGGCCCUGGGCGGCGAAGUCAAUGAACUUGCAUGAUUCACAGGUUUACAGAGAUCGCCCCCCAGCGGCGAACCAUUGAAAUUUCAAAGUGUUUCGAAACAGUCAUGACGUAAUGAAGCCUCGCUUACUGAAGUCACGUGACUUUGGCAGUUUGAUACGCGCUCUGAAUCACUGUUUCGAAACAAAUGAUUCACAAAAGUUUGGAAGCUUCACGAAGCAGUGCUUCGAAAGCACCCAUAUAAGCUACGCAUACGCAAUAUUGCGUUCAUUGUCGCAGACGAUUUAAUCGCGAGAUAAUGAAAUCGCAAAUUUCAUUCUGUGAUAAUGAAAGCUGUUUGCGUAGCUUCUCAGUGAACUAUGGCUCUGUGUAGUAAAUGCUGCUCCAUCUGAAAGCAUGUGAAAAUACCACAUUUAAUAACGUUUUUACUCCAAACUCACUUCAUAAAGUCAGUCUAGUGUUUGAAAUAAAUCCUUCUGUGAGAUUAUGUGGCUUUGUACACAGAAUUACAUAUUUCAUAGUAUUCUAAGCAGUGAUGAAGGCUAUAUCGAUUAGCAUUGCAUUGUUAUAUACUUUAUUAUAAUGAAAAUUAUAAUAAUAGUUAUAAUAAGAACUCAGAUAAAUUAUAUAUUGUCAUAGUCCUGUGUUUAUUAGUCAGAGAAAGCAGUUAAAUCUUCGGUCAGUAUAUUUACUACUGAUCACAGAACCGUGCUUCACUGACAAGAUGUGCGGACUAUUGCAGCUUGUGCCUUACCGUGAUUGCAGUUUCAUUCGAUUUAUCAUGCAGCCCUAUGCACUCUUAAAAAUAAAGCUGCUUAAAAGGUUCUUCACAGCAAUGCCAUAGAAGAACCAUUUUAGGUUCCACAAAGAACCAUUCAGUCAACCUUUUUAAAAUCUGAAGAACCUUCUUUCGCCACAAAGAACCUUUUGUGGAACAGAAAGGUUCUUCAGAUGUUAAAGGUUCUUUAUGGAACCAUUUAGACAAAAAAGAUUCUUCUAUGGCAUCGUGAAGCACCUUUAUUUUUAAGAGUGUAAAUAUCUAGAUCUGUAGGCGAUUCAAAAUCCUGCUGUGUGAAAUGAGUUCUGACUGAACAACACAUCGGCGAUGACCUACAGUACAGCCAAUGAGAGAGCAAGAUACAGGGCAGGGAGGAGUUAUAUGAAAUAUAGUUUGCGGAGCAGACAGAGUUGUCGGCGUUUCUUCCUGUUGUAAAGUCAUGCAGUGUGUAACCUCCUGUCACGGAUCCAUCAUGCAAUAUGAACACAGCAGCAACUGAAUGCUACCCCUGACAGUCGUACAGAGUUAAAACAACGGUGAUCCAACGACUUUGAAAAUCAUGCAGUGUGAACUCGGCAUUACAUUCCCCACGCGUUUCUACACACAUUGAACCGGCCGAUGGGCGGAAGGCACAGUUGUCUUGUUUUCGUUGGUUUGUCCGUGUUUAGCCUGGUGUUGCGGGUCUCAGGGCUGCAUCUCAGGGUCACCAGGGGGCGACUCUGGGCUGAACUCUUCAGGGGAGAGAGAGAGAGAGAGGCUGCGCUGGAUCUCUCUCGCUCUCAACUACAUGCACUUCCCUUGCACACUUCCAUUCGAAGCUCAUCCUAAACAAAUCUAAUGUAGAGAAUCUUUAUUAUAAGUUAAUGGCUCAAAAACUUUAUCUUUUCCUAUUUUUUUUAACAGAGGACAUUAUGAUUACCAAAAGUUGCCCAGUGCAAUAAUAACAGCUGUUUCAUUAUGAAGGCUUUAUUUUAGUCGUGUUAUGCAGGUGAAAGGGUGAAUCUCACGAAAAAAAAAUGUCAUAUUUCAUAUCUCCCAGAAAAUACAAGAAAUUCUAUUUGCAUUUGCAGAAAAUUAUUUUUUUUGGAACAGAAUUUCGACAUUUUCAUGACAGACCUCGCUGACAAUGAAGAAGAAAAAAAAAUUGUAUUCAUAUUAGAUACAAACUCCAUAUUUCUGUAGUGAUUUUUAUUUAAAUAUUUAAUAAAACAUUUAAAUUAAAAAAAUGUAAAUAUAUUUAAUCAACUAUAAAGUGAAAUUGCAAUGCCUAUAAAUAAAGUCUAUAAUCAUAAAUAAUAGGAAAUGCAUUGGUCACAAGAUAUAGCAUAAAUUAAAAGCAGUACAACAAUACUACCAUUAUACAAUACAUUCACAUUGUACGUUACAAACUGUAUAAAAUAUAUUAUGUAGAUAUUUUGUAAUAUGUAUACAUUUAAAGAAAAUCUCUUUUAUUGCAUUACAGUUGUGAAUACAUUUUUAAUUGUCAUGAAAUAAUGACAAUUAUUGUCAUUUAAAUGCCCCAAAAAAGAAAUGGUUCCUUCAUUUUCUUCAUGAAAAAUAUAAUUUCUUAUUUCUUUAAUUUAAAAAAACAAAAAAAACAAUGGAGCUGAAAAAUGACAAAUGUCAUUUUUUAAAUGUCAAGAAAAAUACAAGAAAUUCUCUUUGCAUUUUCAGAAAACGAUGGAUAUUAGAAGAAAAGCUUAUUAGUCACAGUUAUUUCUGAAGUGAAAUAUAUAAACAUUUUCACAUUUAAAUAUUUCAUUCGUUUUUUUUACAUGAAAUAUUUAAAUAUUUAAAUGCAUUUUAUCAGCUAUAAAUUGAAAUUGCAGUGUCUGCAUAUAAUCUCUACAAAUUAUAUCAAAUAUAUUUUUAGUUAGAUAUGUAUAUAUUUUAAUAAGCUUUUUUGCAUUACAGUUGUGGAGAAAUGUUUAUUUGGCAUGCAAAUAAUGCCCAAAAUUAUUUGAUUUUCUUCACGCAAAGCAUCUUUCUAUUGAUUAUAAGGUAAUAUUUCUUACGCAUCCUCAUGAGAUUCACCCGGGAGAGCGUGACUUUGGUUGUUAGCGCGUCAGUGCCUCUUUUCAUUGACGUACUGAAGUGCUUUAAAACAUUUGGUGCGACGCUGCUGAGGUCGACGAGUGCGAGAGGCAUUUCUCCCUCAUAGUUUUCCUCGUUUCCCUCCGUUCACGGGUUUCCUAAGACGGCCCACGCAAGGGCGAAACCAAUGCUGAGAACGAGUAAUAAUCUCAAUGCUGCAUCAGAGUGUUCACGCAGAUACCAAACCUUUCUUACACUGACAGACUUCCAAGUUGCAAUGGUGAUUUUCUUCAGCUGUGUAACUGUAUUUGUGAUUUCCGAGGUCCACGCCUCGAACUCCUGGCACUUUCUGGCAGAACUUCAGACUUUUUCUCCCUCUAAAUGAGAAGGAUUGGGUUCUUGACACUCGCACUAGCGGUCUGUUUACAUUAGCACCUGGUUGCUGCGUGUUUUUGGUGGAGAGAAAUCUGCUCUCGUCUGCCUGAACGGACUCAUCUCCGCCAUCUUGGCUCAAACGUGGCCCUUUUUUUUUCUGGGCCUCAGCUGCACUCAACGGUUUCCUGACACUGAGGAUGACCGUGAUUGAUUGAUUGAGUUUUAGUUUUCACUCCAUCUGAUCUUAAGUGGAUUUUUGAGACAUUCUUUGAGGUCUGGUGACUUGUGUUUCUGACCAGACGUGACGUGACUGGACGCUAUUCUACUUCCUGUCUUGCCGGUUGGACAGUUUACCAGGCCAGUCAAAAGACGUUUAUUGAUGCAUAUUUGUACUGGCUUUAACCUGCAUAGAGUAUUAAAAUCUUAAGAUAAGCUGAUAUAUAUAUAUAAAUAUAUUUUAUUUCUGGAAUGUUUAUUGAAGUUAAAACCAAACUUGAACGAGAAAACCAUCAAGUUUCUGACAAAUCAAACAACGUUGCAAUAGCUGCACCUGCCUCGGUCAGUGUUGGCAUUACCGGCGUGAAUCACUGGGGUUUGGUACACAAACACGCACGAGACUUUUCAUUUGAAUACUUGAAGUGCAAUCUUGGUUGUGUUUGGAUAUUUCAGGAUGCGUUUGCUGACCUCGAAGCAAAGACUGAGGAAUGUGGGACUCUCAAAGAGCGUCUUUGACUCCGUCAGGGGAUGAAGUUUCCAGUAUUGAAUGUAACUUAAUUUUUUUUUUUUUUUUUUUUUAAAGAGCAAGAAGAUUCAACGUUGCACCGAACUUGCACAUACAGAGUUUUAAAAGAAAAAUGAGUCACUAUCUUGCAAUAGAAAAGCCUAAACUGUGGUUAUUUAUUUUUUUGAAUGCGUUAUCCUUAAAUAUUUAAAGAGUUAUAAGUACAGAUAAAGAUAUAUUUACAGCUUGUGCAGAUGAGUGAGAUGGGAUGUGUGUGUGUGUGUGAGAGAGAGAGAGAGAGACAUGUAUGUAAGCAUGUCUGUUUUUGCAUGAUCAUAUAUGAGCACCAUGCGCAUGUUUGUGCAUGGAAGAGUGUGUGUGUGUGUGUUACAUCUCACUCUUUUAUAGGAUGAAUCUCUCAAGAACAUGUCCAGGUCACACUUCACCCUAAAAUUAAAAAACAAAAAACCUGAAUUAAAAAUAAGCCAAUUUUUUUUUUUU